AUGCCCAAGCCACGACCCUCUCCCUCCUCAACCCACCGCCCCUCCUUCCUCUCCCGCCACAGCUCCCUCUCCUACUCCCCGGAUAGCUGCGAAGUCACACCUCUAAUACGAGGCAGCAGUCUCAGUGAAGACGAAGCACGACGCGCCUACCGCCGUGGGAAAUUCGUCGGUCUGUUUCUCGCGUUGGGUUUUUUGAUUGUUAUGGGUGUGUUACUGGUUGUUUUUGAUGUUUUUGUGCUCAAAGUCGGAAGGGGUGGUGAUGGUGACGAACGCGGAGAUGGAAUGAGCGUUACGCUUCAAAAUUCUGGGAAGAGUAUGGCCGGUGAGUCCUGCAUUGCUGUCGUCCUUCUGAAUUUUAGCUUUUGGUUGCAUGCUGUUCUAGUCAUCUUUCUCACCCGUUUGCUCUACCACUUUGUUGAUUUUCAAUGA